AUGAGUUUCUAUCCUCCUGGAACUGUAAUCCAUGAAGAAAAUAACAUUAGAUACUAAAUCUACUCAGAUGAGUAUUUUGAAUCUGCUUACGAGACUGUAGUUGAAUCUAGAUUAAUUGAAGGAUCAAUCUACUCUGACUUUUAAGUGAGAAGAUCUGCUAUUGAAGAAGGAUCUAAAGACUUCAUAAAUAACUCUGUAAUUAGAAUCAUAGCUAUUGACACCUCUCUAGAUAGCACAAAAGUUGUUGGCUCUAUUUUUGCUGAAGACUUUACUGUCUUUGUAGAAUCCUAAUCCUCUCCAUCAACUUCAGAAAAUCUAUAAAUACUAAAAAAGAUUAACAAAAAAUUAAUACAACCCCUUACCAGUAUUCCUUACAAAAAAGGAGACAUAGUUAUUGGUUCUGGUUACGGUGUCAGAAAGGAAUAUCAAGACAAAAGCAUUGGUAAAAAUCUUGCUCAAUUAUUUUUAAGUGUCUGUCUUGAUUCUCCUUAUAAAGUCUUCUGUGGAUUAUUUUACUCUCAAAAAGCCUCCACAAUCAUGGUUAAGGUAGGUGGAUUUUUGAUGUGCUAACUUUAACCUGAAAAUUGCAAGGAAAUUGAUUCCAAUGUGACUGAUUAUAUGAAAAAUAAUGUCGAAAUAGUAGCUUAUAUUGAUGGAAACAAAGAAAUAUCUGCUUUACAAAAAUUAAAGCAAUUGCUCAAACAAGAUAAACCAGUUCAAAUUGUUUGA